AACAGUAGGCAGGUAGAAAGCAGACGAGGGGUAAAGCUAAAGUGGAGGUAAAACCGUCCCCGCAUUUGUUGACGCCAAACAUCGGCGGGGAAAGUUUUAUGUUUCGCACCUUUCUGAGUUCGUUUGCCGCUUUCGCUUGAACUUUAAGGCUCACUGAGUACUUCUCGCUCGUUUUAGUACUUUACUUUUCCCGGGCGGAGGAGAAACACGAAAGCCAGGUGAAUGUAUAGCAUGAUGGAAACCGAGAUUAAAAGCCCGUUACCCCAGUCGAACACGGGCUCUGUGACAGGAGGAACCGGCGGCAAAAAUGCAAACGGCAACAACGACCAGGACAGGGUAAAAAGACCCAUGAACGCUUUCAUGGUGUGGUCCCGUGGACAACGGAGAAAAAUGGCUCAGGAAAAUCCCAAAAUGCAUAACUCGGAGAUAAGCAAACGACUGGGGGCAGACUGGAAACUGCUAACGGAUGCUGAAAAGCGGCCUUUUAUCGACGAAGCUAAGAGACUACGAGCGAUGCACAUGAAGGAGCACCCGGAUUAUAAAUAUCGACCCCGCAGAAAGACCAAGACCCUGCUGAAGAAAGAUAAGUACUCUCUACCUGGGGGGCUGCUAGCACCCGGGGCUAACACAGUCAACCCUGCUGUGUCGGUAGGGCAAAGAAUGGACAGCUAUGCACACAUGAACGGCUGGACCAACGGUGCCUAUUCUCUGAUGCAGGACCAACUGGGAUACCCACAACAUCCUAGCAUGAACAGCCCACAGAUUCAACAAAUGCAUCGGUACGAGAUGGCAGGACUGCAGUACAACCCUAUGAUGUCUACUGCCCAGACCUACAUGAAUGCUGCUUCUACCUACACCAUGUCCCCCGCAGCCUACACCCAGCAGACGGCAAGUGGCAUGGCUUUGGGUUCAAUGGCCUCCGUGUGUAAGUCUGAGGCCAGUUCGCCACCACCAGCCAUCACUUCUCAUUCCCAAAGAGCGUGUCUUGGCGAUCUGCGAGAUAUGAUCAGUAUGUACCUUCCUCCUGGUGGCGACGGCGCAGAUCAUUCUUCCCUGCAGACCAGCAGGUUACACAGUGUUCACCAGCACUACCAGACGGCCGGGACUGGUGUUAACGCCACGCUACCACUAACUCACAUCUGAACAGUCCUUGGAAUACUGUGUCUCUAAAAUGGGGGAAAAAAACAAACUGAAUGGAGAACUUUUUUAAGUAAUGCAAUUAUUUUUUUUUUCCUCGGAUGAAAGCAUUUUAAAGUCCUUUUUAAAAUGACACCUCUUGGGCCGGACUCUGUAGAGCCCGAAAAAAUAUAUGAAGUUUCUAUUGUAAAGAGGCUUUUACUAUGGGCACAAAAGCGAUUAAGUUCUGUAGAAGCAUCGAACUUUUAUUUUUAAA